AUGAAUUGGAACAAAGGUGGUCCCGGUGUGAAGCGCGGCUUUGGCUUUGGGGGCUUUUCUCUUGCUGGUGGGAAGAAAGAAGACCCACCACUCCCCCAGAAAUCCCACGGGUCGUUCGGGCCUCCAGGAUCCAGCGGCUACGGGAAGGGCCAACUGCCGUCUUUCUACAAAAUCGGCACCAAACGAGGCAAUUUUGACGAGGAAAAUGCGUACUUUGAGGACGACGAGGAGGAGUCCAGCAGCAACGUGGACCUGCCGUAUAUCCCGGCAGAGAACUCGCCCACGCGGCUGCAGAUGAGGUCCGGCGACGGCUCGGACAGUGAGGACGAUCCCCUCGACACAUUUAUGGCUGAGGUUGAGAACCAAGCGGCAAAGGACAUUAAGAAAAUCGAGGAAAAGUCGGCCAAGGGUAUUCGUGAUGACAUUGAAGAAGAAGAUGAACAAGAGGCCUACUUCCGCUACAUGGCCGAGAACCCCACCGCCGGCCUGACGCUGGAGGAGGAAGAGGAGAACGUGGACUACGACAGCGACGGCAACCCCGUUGCCCCCGUCGCCAAGAAAAUCAUUCUGCCCCUGCCUCCUAUCGACCACUCCGAGAUUGAUUACCCGCCAUUUGAGAAAAACUUCUACAACGAGCACGAGGAGCUCAGCAGCCUGACCGGGACUCAGGUGGUAGAACUUCGGCAAAAGCUCAACUUGCGAGUAUCGGGAGCCGCACCACCUAAGCCGUGCACCAGCUUUGCCCACUUCAGCUUUGACGAGCAGCUGAUGCAUCAGAUCCGCAAGUCCGAGUAUACUCAACCCACCCCCAUCCAGUGUCAGGGCGUGCCCAUCGCUCUGUCGGGCCGCGACAUGAUCGGUAUCGCAAAAACCGGCAGUGGCAAAACGGCGGCGUUUAUCUGGCCUAUGUUGGUGCACAUCAUGGACCAGAAGGAGCUGGAGCCCGGGGACGGACCCAUCGGCGUCAUCGUGUGCCCCACCCGGGAGCUGUGUCAGCAGAUCCACGCUGAAUGCAAGCGCUUCGGCAAAGCGUACUCUCUGCGCUCUGUGGCAGUCUACGGAGGAGGCAGCAUGUGGGAGCAGGCCAAGGCUCUGCAGGAAGGCGCAGAGAUUGUGGUGUGCACUCCGGGUCGCCUGAUCGACCACGUUAAAAAGAAGGCCACGUCCCUGCAGAGAGUGUCGUACCUUGUGUUUGAUGAGGCGGACCGCAUGUUUGAUAUGGGCUUUGAGUAUCAAGUUCGAUCCAUCGCCAGCUACGUGCGUCCAGACAGACAGACGCUUCUGUUCAGCGCCACGUUCCGGAAGAAGAUUGAGAGACUGGCCAGAGACAUCCUGAUGGAUCCCAUCCGCGUGGUGCAAGGAGAUAUCGGAGAGGCCAACGAGGACAUUACACAGGUGGUGGAAAUGCUGUCGAGCGGCACGGACAAGUGGAGCUGGCUAACGCGGCGCCUGGUGGAGUUUACGUCCAGCGGCUCGGUGCUGAUCUUCGUCACCAAGAAGUCCAAUUCGGAGGAGCUGGCCACCAACCUGACGCAGGAGGGCUACAGCCUGGGCUUGCUGCACGGUGACAUGGACCAGAGCGAGAGGAAUAAGGUCAUCAGCGACUUCAAGAAGAAGAACCUGCCGGUCUUGGUGGCCACCGACGUUGCCGCCCGCGGUCUGGACAUCCCGUCCAUCCGCACGGUGGUCAACUACGACGUGGCGCGGGACAUCGACACGCACACGCACCGCAUUGGUCGAACGGGUAGAGCUGGCGAGAAGGGCGUGGCCUACACCCUGCUGACCGGCAAGGACACCACCUUUGCCGGGGACCUGGUGCGCAACCUGGAAGGCGCCAAUCAGAAUGUCUCCAAAGAACUCAUGGACUUGGCCCUGCAGAAUCCAUGGUUUAGGAAGUCCAGAUUCAAAGGCGGUCAAGGAAAGAAGCUGAACAUCGGUGGAGGAGGACUCGGUUACAAAGAGAGACCGGGAUUGGGUGCUGACACUUCUGAUCGCAGCAGCAGCAGCACCAGCAGUGUGUUGUCUUCCUUGAGCGACUACGGGGGUUUCAACAAGAGUGGCGGCGGUGGCGGCGGCGGGGCCAUGGGAGACCGCAUAUCUGCCAUGAGACAAGCCUUCCAGGCUCAAUACAAGAGUCACUUUGUGGCGGCGUCAGGCAACCCGCCCAAGCUCAGCACCAAGUCCAACAGCUCGUCCGGCUGGACCAGUGCCGGCAGCCUGAGCUCUGUGCCUACCGAGUCGCCCAGCGGCGCAGUGCGAGCCCAGGCCGUCGCCGCCUCUUUCGCCAUGCCGGGCUUCACCAGCGCCGGCUCGCUAUGCACCGUGCCCGCCGCGCAAAGCAGCGUCCCGACGCCCUCGCGGGAACGCGGCGAUCGUGAUCGAGAAAGGGACCGUAGCGGCCACCACAGCGAUAGCCGCAACGGGGAUGAAAGCAGGCGGGAUAAAGAGGACAGAAAGAGCGAGAGGGACAGAGGAGACGGAGGCUUUGCCGUACCCGAGCCGCCCAAACGUAGAAGGAGCAGGUGGGACAACUAGUGGGGAAAACAUUGCAGAGAAAUGCAGCCACUGUAUAAAGCCCGUCAAGACCGCUUCAUCCGUAGCGUCGAGCAAUAGUGCUGAACGCCACACAUGACAUAGGGAGGCAAAACAUUUCAUUGUGACCUCGACAGCUCUGGGAAAAAAUAGACCUAAAAAACACUGGACUUGCAAAUGCAAUACUUCUAUUUGGAAUUUGGGUGGUAUGUCGUGAGCAGUUUAGACAAUGAAACAAAAAUGACGACAAGUGCUUCAGAUAAUGGAUUGAUGCAAAAUUAGCAAUUUUGCUCUUCAUUUUUUUCCAGAGCUGUACAAAUUUGCAUUUUGUCUGCACUCAUCGAUAUUGCUUGCAGAAUUUAAAUUGGACCGCCCCCUCCCCCAAGGGCUCCUCCCUACAGUACACCUUAUUCAGGUUAGUUCAUGUUGUCCUCCCCCUGAUUAAAAACUGGACUGAUUGUGUGUUUUUCAUUUUUUCAUCAAACAAAGCUAAUGUUACUGUUUGUUAAUAGAAAGAAAUGCUCUGUGAGAAUAUCAAACAUUUCUUGUAUUUGAGUUGUAGUGAAGUGCCUUCCCCUGGUUUCUUCUGGUAUGCUUUUCACCAGUCUUUCUCGUGUUCAUUCAUUCAUGCAAAAUAUGAUGUUUUGAUUAUUAAAGACUCUUUUGAAAACACA